AUGAGCAGUGGAGGACCUCAGUACGAAGACAGGACAUACGAGAAAAUUUGGAGCGAUAUUCAAUUUGAUCACCUGGCUGCCAUUGGGACUACCAACAUCCUCCGGAUUCUUCUUGAAUAUGUCCCUGGCCUCGAACGUCAUCGCAGUGCUGUUCAGCAUUUGUAUGCGCAUUGUUUUGCGAAGCAUCCUGUUCAGAUGCAGAAGACCGAGUAUUACCCAAUGGAGACAAGUUCAUUCGAUGAAGCACAGAACAUUGGGAACCGUGAAGUCCUCAAAGACCUCUUAGUGCGCCAACUUAGUAUCAAGCCAGAGGAACUUGAUGGUCGCAUGGUGUCUAUCUCUGGUGAUUGCUUGACUGUCGCGAAGCUUCGUUCUCUCAAGCACCAUACCUCUUGGGGGCUGUCUUGGUUCACAUCUCACAAAUUUGCAUUAAUAUUGACGGAAUUGUGGCAUAUGAAAUGGGCAUUCAUCAAAGGGAUCUUUCGACUUCAUUGGGCACCAACUACAGCGAAGGGCGACUCUGGUUUGCAUGUUGCAGCAGAAAAACUUCGACGAAAGCUCAAUUUGAGUGACCCUGAGUUUUACCCAGCUGAACGGCUUGUAGAAACUGUGCUAGCAACAAUGACACUCCAUUAUGCAAGGUAUAGUCUAUUCUUUAUCCAUUAA